ACCUUCCAGUUAACUUGGAAUAAUCCACAGAGAUUUCAGUAUUAUUGCCAGAAUGACAUAAGAAUUUGCUUCGCAAACUAAGGAUAUUAAUAAAGUUAUUGCCGAGAGGGUGAUAUUUUGAUGAAAGUUCAUGAUUAUCAUGAGAUAACAACGUGAGAAUGAGAUUUAAAGGUGGUAACCUUUUGGGUUACGCUUUAUUUAUACUUAUUUUACAUCUUCAUGAUGAAGUCGAAGGAGGAGGCGGAGUCUGUAAGGAUCUGCAGGGCCAGACAUACGAUAGCGGGUUUUAUUACAUUCCAGAGCCUUGUACACUUUGUGUAUGCGAUAAUGGGAACCCCAAGUGGUGCAAAGCUGUAAUUUGUCGGCUAUCGCAGAAAUCGAUACCAAAGCAAGAUUGUAAGUCAUUCAGAAUUGGAACACCUUGCUGCGAGUUUAUCUGCUUGGAUGACACUUUGUCCUCGGUGACGAAUGACAAGACGGAUGGAAUAGAGGGUAAUAAUGGUGACUCGAGUGCCAGUUAUGAUCUGGGUUUAAGGCUAGUUGCUAGCUGCAUCACGGCUAUUCUUUCGCUGAGUCUUCUCUUUUUUCUUAUCCAUCGAUUGCGACAGAGAAAAAUACGAGUUUGCAUAGCAGGCAGACAGAACCGAGAGCUAACAGAAGAGCAGCGUAGCCUUGGAAGUAUGGGUUACUUAGAACGCGGAGGUCUUCCCCAUGGAAUGCAAAUGGACGAGAUGGCUUGUGGAGGAGGAUACUCUUUGUGGAAGCCUCCAGGGAACUAUUUUCCUCGCGGAGAAGCUCCACCACCCUACGAGGAAGCUGUAGCAGCAGCAAGAGCAGAGCAAGCUCUGCUGACGAUGAAUCCCAACGCGUUGUCAAGUUUAAAUCUUCCAAACUCGUAUCUGACGACUCAACACCAUUCAAUGUCAGCAGCGAUUCCUACUGCAAAUUUACCAGCGACUGCUCCACCUCCCGCAGCGUACAGCGCGACGAGUCCAUCGUCUUCGGUAAACACCAGACAGAUUAAUUCCAGUCAGCCUCAUCCGUGUCACCAGCAAUUGCUUCCACCGACAGAAGAAAAUAUUUCUGCUGGGUACUACAGCGGUGGAGCGGUUACUAAUUUUAGUGUCGAAACUAAUAUUUACGAGAACACGGUACCAGUACCGGUGCCAGUUUCUAUGACCAAUCAGCAACGUUCUCCAGAACAUUCCAGUGGUACUCACAGUACACACAGCAAUCACAAUGCUCAUAAUCAUAACCAUAAUCAUGGUAAUCAUGGUAAUGAGCAAACGCAUCUCCAGAGCUACCGAGAGUCGUUACGUCACACGGCGUUACCUCGACAAGGCAGUGCGUUCACUAUUUCAGCAACAGUGCCAAAUCCAAAUACUAUAUCAACGCAUCGUACUAUUCCGCGAACGUUAACGACUAGUACUAACGCUAAAUUAAGACGGGAUUUUGUUAGCCAUCAGCAACCGGGUGUACUGCCGCUCGUAAAUGCUUCCACAAAAAAUGCCAAAUCGACGGAACAUAUUCCUAGACUUAGUAUGUCUUCGUUAAUUACUGCUAAUGCCAGUGCUAGUGCUGGUGCUAGUGCUAGUGCUAGUACUAGUACUAGUACCGGUACCAGUAUCAGUAUCAAUGGUAAUGAUAAUAAUUUACCGUUGACAAAUAGUGGACAUAUAGAAAUACGUGGUGAUAAUCAGCAACGACUCGCUGUUGAUCCGCAACCUUCUUCGUCGGAGAUUAAAAAUAAUUUUACUACGCCUGUUCGUGACAAGGCGCCAUCAUUAAUAUUUAGCAAUAGCGCUGAACAAGACGGUAGUUUUGACUCAGUAACGUGCACAUGUAGCACACAAGUCCUUCCAACAUUGCACGAUGACACUGACGACUAUCGUAGUGAGUGUGAGAAUUGUAAGAGUGCAACUGGUUCGCGUUAUUAUCUGGAUAAUGAGGAUGAACUAGUGACAUCGCCACAUGAAACUAUGACACUUCACAGAAGACCUGAAGAAACUGCCGCAAGUAUUACACCUCAGUAUUACAGGACUUCAUUGACACUGCCAACGAGUACUCGCCAGCGUACAAGGGGAGCUGGCGGCCGAGGUAAUUGGUUUAGUUCUAUGCCAGAAAGUUCAACAGAAUCUUCCGAUAAUGAUUAAAAGUUACAAAAAAGUCUUAAUUAA